UCGCCACUGAAACAGGGUUGGUUCAGUCCAUUUGUGCUGUCAGGAGUCAUUCAGUGGAUCAAUCACAGCGGAGCAGGGCUGUAAUAUAAAUCAGAAUAAUCGUAUUUAUUGUAUGCUAACGCUAAACGCCUCGUAAUGUCUGCACCAAAGAAGGGAGAUUUAUCCGACACAGAAAAAGAGCUGCUUCUGGUUAUUGCUGCAGGUAAUGUGCAGGAAGCCUCCAGGUUGAUAGGAUCCAAAGAUGUAAGAGUCAACUGUCUGGAUGAGUAUGGCAUGACCCCUCUCAUGCACGCAGCAUAUAAGGGCAAAGCAGAUAUGUGCAAACUGCUGCUGCAGCACGGAGCAGACGUCAACUGCAACGAGCAUGAACACGGCUACACCGCGCUCAUGUUUGCCGGACUAUCAGGUAAGACGGACAUCACCUGGAUGAUGUUGGAUGCUGGAGCUGAGACGGAUGUGGUUAACUCCGUUGGCAGGACAGCCGCACAAAUGGCUGCUUUUGUUGGGCAGCACGACUGCGUGACUGUCAUCAAUAACUUCUUCUCACGGGCGAGUCUGGACUACUACACCAAAGCCCAGGGACUGGAAAAGGAACCAAAACUCCCCCCCAAAUUCGCUGGACCGCUACACAAAAUUAUCAUGAGUACCAACCUCAACCCUGUAAAGAUUGUAAUGCUAGUCAAAGAAAACCCUCUGCUGAUGGAUGUGGAGGCGCUGGAGAAGUGUCGCAAGAUUUUGGAGCUGAUCUGUGAGAAGUGUGUCAAACAGCAAGAUAUGAAUGAGGUGUUGGCCAUGAAGAUGCACUACCUCAGCUGUGUGCUACAGAAAUGCGUCUCUUUCCUAAAAGACCGUCAAGACAAACUAGAUGGCCUCAUAAAGAGUCUUCUGAAAGGGCGAGACAGUGAUGGAGUCCCUGUAUUCCAGGAGAAGUUCAUUCGGGAAUGCAUCCGAAAAUUUCCAUACUGUGAUGCCACAUUAUUGCAGCAGCUGGUGCGGAGUAUCUCUCCUGUGGAGAUAGGAGAUGACCCCACGGCUCUGUCAGUGCUCACCCAGGCCAUCACGGGGCAGGUAGGUUUUAUGGAUGCAGACUUCUGCACCACCUGUGGGGAGAAGGGAGCAGAGAAGAGAUGCUCCAUCUGCAAAAUGGUCAUUUACUGUGACCAGGCUUGUCAGAAGCUACAAUGGUUCACCCAUAAGAAGAUCUGUAAGACGUUACAGGAACAAAGAGAGAAACAUGAAGCUGACUCAGCCUUGCGGCAGCAGAAACAAGCCAAAGCCGAGGAGAAGCAGGCAUUGGAGAAAACUAUGGAAGAGCUCUCUUUCAGUCAGAAUGAGACCACCGGCCCGUCAGAAAACCAGACUGAGGAAGUUACCUCGGAUACAGUCUCCCUUAAUGCAGUCUGAGUCAGAAAGAAUUUAACCUGUAGACACGGUUUCAACCACUGUCAUCGUCAUCAAAGAUCCAUCCAAGCCAAAAGAGAGCACAUCCAUGAUGUAGCCCAGAGGUUCUGAGGACCUUCUUCGUGGGUGUUGCAGAAAAUGUGUUCCACCACCCAAAGCUUUGGCACACAAAUGCACACGAUGAAGGGUCUAUCAGCGACAAAACGAUUUGUUUUAAAUAGUCUUUUACAGUUAUGUUGAAAAUAUUUGUAUUUAUUUAUGUGAAAGUUAUGUUAUGUUGUGAAUGGAUUUAGUAUCGAGUCUUAUGUGGGAUGUGUGUAGGUUUUGCUUUGGAAAAGAUAUCGGAAUAUAUUGCUGCAGGACUUCGAAGCCUAUGCCUUAAAAAUCAGUCUGCUGUUAUGGCAACGGACAAAUAUAUAGGCAACAGCCUGUGUUGGAAAUAGUUUCUGGUCUUAAUAAAGAUGUUGCAAAGCAUCCCAUAUUCUGUAAGUGACUCACAAAGGGAAUAAAGUAAAUCACCAUCCUUAAGCUAUGGACUGG